CUGCAACAUCUCAAGCUCGAGUGCGCGUCUGCAGGCUCGCGUGUUCCUCAGCCAAAAGUCCUCGAAUCCAUUCCAACGACGAAUACAAUGACAGACUCCGCACCACCACCACCACCACCGCCGCCCUCCUCAAUUCCUUCCAAGCGUCCCUCCACCGCCACGGAUGACGCUCCACGUUCCCGUCCAACCGUCAAGUCGAGCGGCCACCGCGAGCCCCGCGAAAAGAAAGAGACCUGGCGCAAGAAGGAGGGAACAGCAGCUGGUAGUUUGGGAGGGGGCGGAGCCAGCAGGGAAGCUGCCGGCGGUGGCAAUGGAACGCAUUCCGGAAAGCAGACGGGAAAUACUACACCGAAGGGAGUCGAGACCGAGAGUCCGGGGUUGGUGAGGUAUCAGCUGCCGCCGCCGCAGUUCCUCGACUACCAUGCCCAUCGUGCUCCACCGCUGGCGCUGGAGGAGACGCCGUCUACGGAGGGGGAUUGGUUUGUUGUUAACGAUCAUCCCAUGAAUCGCCGAGGGUUCAGAUACAGUCCCUGCAAAGCCUCACACCUUCUCACGGCAUUGUCAUACCGCGGAACCGAAUAUGAGCCCUUCAACGCACGAAUAAACUACGAAGACAUGAAUCCGCAAGUCUGCAUUAACGACGCCGGCACGGGUGUCACAACAGCCAAGGGCUGGCGAAUGGCACGGGCAAACGUCGGCGUGCGAGAGGGAGACUGGUACUAUGAGUGUAAAGUGGUCAAUGGGAUCACAGAAGGCGGGGCGGCAGAUGGACAUGUUCGUGUGGGCUGGGCGAGGCGCGAGGCGCCGCUGGAUGCGCCGGUCGGUUUCGAUGCAUACUCGUAUGGUCUGCGAGAUCAGUGUUUCGAGAAGGUGCACAUGUCGCGGCCGAAGGCAUUCGUGCAGGAUCGGUCAUUUGUGACCGGCGACGUGAUAGGUCUGCAUAUCUCGCUCCCGCCGCUAUCGGUGCAGCGGGAGAUUAGUGGGGAUCCUACCGUCAAGAGCGGCGAUGUCAUACGUGACCGUCUCCCGAUCCGCUUCAAGAAUCAGCUGUGGUUCGAACACUUCGAGUACCAACCUACAAAGGAAUACGAAGACCUCAUGAACCCGGCUACCAACAGCAAGCCCUCAUCAGCACCAAAGACGCUCCCCGGGAGCUUCAUCCGUGUCUACCGCAACGGCGAACUGAUCGGCACUCCUUUCGAAGGGCUCUACGCCUUCCUCCCACCGGCAUCUAAGCCGCUCCCCGCCCUUGGCGGUAGAGAACUCGACGAUGGCGCACUAGGUUACUAUCCCGCAGUUAGCGUUUUCAAAGGCGGAGCAGCAGAGAUGAACUUCGGGCCCGAAUGGCUUGCGAAACCAAAGGACCUUCCGGACAAUGUCAGAGGCGUGUGGGAGCGUUACGAUGAGCAGAUCGCCGAAGACGUGCUGUACGAUCUGGUUGACGAGGUUGAUCUGCUGUUCGCGCCUGUGUUGACCGAUGAUGAGCGGGGCGGCACGAAGAGUUUGGCUGCCAGAGGGGGACGCAAGGAGGUGAUUAAGGAGAUGAUCAUAGACGACGAGUAGAGCUCGCGUUUGAGCCGGCCUAAUCCCUCGAAACGUGUUCGUUAAUACGAACAAUGCAUGUGUCUGUGCGUGUGAAUCCAGUUCGGUUUAUGGAGUCGCUGGCUGUGCUUGUUUGCAUGUUGGUUCAUCUGUUUGCAUGCUGGAUGAUUUUGUGUGUUUAACUGGUAGAUGGCGUUUACCGUAUUGAGCACAUGAACGAGGCACAUACCGUACCUCC